CUUGAGGGGGGGAAUAAAGGUAUUCUGAUUGUGUUUCCCCGCAGCUCUGUGCUGCUUCAGGAGAUCCAGUCUCACCUGGAGCAGGGCCACGUGGCGAUCGUCCUGGUGAACGCCGUGGUGUUGACCUGUGACCUCUGCUCCUCGCCCGUCAAAUACUGCUGCUUCCUGCCCGUGGGACAGAAGUGUUUCUGCAGGAAGCCGUACCAGGGGCAUUUCGUGGUGGCGUGCGGCUACAACAGGACCACCGGCUGCAUCUUCUACAACAACCCGGCGUACUCUGACCGCGUGUGCUGCACCAGCGUCAGUGUUUUUGAGGAGGCUCGGCGGAGCUAUGGGACAGAUGAAGAUAUCCUGUUGAUCUAUAAAGAGAGCUGAUGGACAGUGAGGAUGAGUUUUAUCUUCCUCAGCGGAUCGUCGUAGCGACAGGAUGAUUCAGAUCCAAGGACUCACAGCUUCUAUAUUAUCUUUCUCAGUUUUUCCGGUCUUAUAAUACCACCACUCGAAGGCUGGGAUGAUCAUAAUCCAUAUUGAAUUUAUUUUUAUAUCCACCUUCGCUGAGCAGAUGAGUCUAAACUCAUUUUACUGUGGAAUUUUAACGACUGACUUUGGAGCUGAGGAAAUCUCAAACUGUGAGAAUCAUGACAAGAUAGGAAAUGUACUUGUGCUUAUAAUCCAUCCAGGACUGAUGAUGAGAACAUUUAAUUUAUCCUUUUGAGAACGUCAGUCGCUUCCGAUUGACCGUGAUGGGAUUUUAUUUUGGAGUCAACGACGAAAGACACAAAUAUUUUGGUCAAUUUUAAAAGAUUGGUAUAAGACAGUGGUGGGCGUUAUUUAAAGGGCCACACAACGCUUCAUCUCUUAUUUUUUCCAGAAAUAAGAUCACAUGAGUGACACUUGGAAGAGGCGGGACUUCCUCUCUUAAUUUAUUCGUCCUGUUGAAUCCUCGUCACCAGUUUCAUCUCCAUCUAAAUCCUCUUUACUUACCUCAUUGUUACUUUUUAUUCUUAUAGAGUGGUGCAGGAAAGAGUCCGAAAACACGGAAAUUAGUCUGUAUUCAACGUCCGAUGGUUUUUCUGAAUGUGUUUUUGUUUUUUAAGCCUGAAAUAAGGUCUGUGGUUAACACAACGUUUUGUUCUAUGACAU